UCAUCUAUCUCCAAUGGUGUUCUGUCGUUGUCUUCUAUAAAUUUUCAGGAGUUCUUAUUUACAAUCGCAUCAUACAUGCGAUGCGAUCAACAUGCCGCUCGCACCAGUAAUAGCGGCACCCGCUCGACAGACGAUGAGAAAUGCGUUUGAGGAGCUCGAGAGAACAGUGACCCCGGCAGACUCAAGGAACUUUCGAUCAACAGGUCUUCAUGAUGUUCGCAGUGCAGCUCUAGAAUUAGAGAACCAACUUGGGGCCCGACAGGCACUCUGCAAUAUGCGUCGACUUGUGCCAUUGAUCGAUGGUCUAGAGCAUUACUCAAACGUUGUUGGCAUCCUUUGCAAUGGAACACCCUUUUUGCCUUGGGUCUGGGCACCUAUUACAUUGAUCCUAAAGGUGGCAUCCGAAUAUGUGGAGGCACUCGAAGAAAUCAUGAAAGGGUACAGCAAGAUAGCCGAGGCACUUGGUCGUUUUGCGAUUCUAAGUGACACCUUCGUCACUGAAGCGGAUUUUCAGCAGUCACUUGCUGUGUUUUACGCCGAUAUCUUGCUAUUUCACAAGCAUGCAUAUGUGUUCGUUCGACGAAGUGGCUGGAAGCUCUUAUUCAAGACAUCAUGGGGCCGCUUCCAGAGACGCUUCAAUAAUAUUCUUGAGGACCUGAAACGCCACGGAGAACUAAUAGACCAUGAAGCGAAUGCACUUAACAUUGCGGCCGCCGCUCAAAUGCGACAAGAAAUUCGGUCAUGGAGAAUAGAGAGUCUCAAUCAAGUCAAACGUGAAGAGGAGAACCAAGCUGUUCUCGAAUUCCAGGCGAUCAUAUCUUGGCUUAAAGUUGACGUAACGGAGCAGAUCCAGAUUUUCGAGACCAUCAGUGACGAAGGAUCCAAAUACUCAGGAACGUGCUCGUGGCUAUUAAAGAACGAAAGCAUAAAGUCUUGGUUACAGAGAUCGCCAGACCCUCCGCUACUCUGGCUUCAAGGCAACGCGGGUUGCGGGAAAAGCGUCAUUGCAGCGAAAUUAGUCGACUUUGUCCAGGCGUCAAGAUCCUGCAUCGUCCAUCACUUCUGCACCUACACCUAUAACUCGUCCACAAAAUAUGAUGGCAUAUUGAAGUCAAUUCUACAACAGAUUUUGCGCAAGAAUAGCGAACUUGUUGCACAUGUAUACCAAGAAUACAUUGUAGGAAAAACGCUUCCUACAACUACCAAUCUCGAACGGUUGAUUGUCACUCUGGUCAAUUCUCUUUCAGAUGGACCGCGAGAGAAGCAGUACAUCUACAUGAUUAUCGAUGGAGUGAACGAAUGUGAAGCAGCGAGGCAGACUCGUUUAAUCAAUCUGUUGAAGCAGAUUUCUUCCGUCUCCUCUACGACUUCCGGGGCACUUUGCAAGGUACUUAUCACGACGAGAGCAUCUUCCAUUAUGGACAAACACUUUCGGAAGGAUCAUGUCAUUUAUCUGAGUGAUGAGGCAAGCCCUUUACAGUCUGCAAUCCGACUGUACAUCAACCAAAGGUUGAGGGGUUUAGACGAGCGAUUUCGUCAGCUGGAGCUUGAGAGGGAGGAGAUAGAUGAAAUCGAACAACUUGUAGCAAAGAAAGCGGGUGGCAUGUUUCUAUACGCAAGACUGUUGCUUGACUACAUCAAAGCAAACUUGUUCUUCAAUGGAGACGAGAUUAAAAGCGCAAUCAAUCAAUUACCAGAGCAUCUGACCGAAUUCUACCAAAAAUUGUUGACACAAAUCCUGGUGAGAUUGAACGAACAAUCUCAGGAUAGGGUGAGACGUGUAUACAGUUGGAUCGCGUUUGCAAAGCGACCAAUGAAAAAGCUGGAGUUUCUCUCUGCGCUGUCUUUUACCUCUGGUGAUACUAAUUUAUCCAAACUGGUCCCGAAAUACAUUGUCGAGGAUACUUGCAGCCCGCUCAUCGAAGAAAGGCGGGAUUCCACUAUUUCCUUCAUCCAUAUUUCAGUAAAACAUUUCUUACAGACACCUUCCAGCGCCCUGAUUCUAAAGGAGGAAGAUGCAAUUCGCGAACAUGCGAUUGCAUCUGUCAGCUGCCUCAUCUCGGGUAUGCAAGUGUUCAGUAAACUAUACAAUGAGCAGACAAGGCUUCUACGCUUGAUAAAAGGUGUACAUGGUCUCCAUGUUUACGCAACUGAAUACUGGACCGAGUAUGUUUUGGCGAAUGCAGCAUUGGAGGGCGGACUUGAUGGCUCUCCCAAACUGCUAGAUGUGAUCAAAACUCUAGCAGAGACCCUUGACAGCGCGUCUGUAACACCACUUCCUAAAUUAAAGGCUUCGACCGACAGUCUUGAUGACCGACUGGGUCUUUUAGAGAAAUAUGGGACAAUACAAACGCACGUAGAAAAUGCAUUGAUCGCACGGUCUCAGAAACGAAUCGAAUCGGAACUUUUCCAGGACACAAUUCCCAAAAAGAAAGGAACUCCAGCCGAAUCCACUUAUCUAGAUGAAGUGUCGGUCACCCUAAAUGCAUACCAAAAGUCCGUUGAAACUUUGCUUGACCAGGACUCUUUCCCAGGUGCCUCCGUCGAGGAACUUGAACUGUUCAAAAGCCACUUCCGGACGUCAGCAUACACCUGCCGACUUCGAUCCUGUCCGCAUGCUACAAUAGGAUUCCAGACCGAUAAGCUUCGUCGCGAACAUGAAGUGGCGCAUGCGGGUGGCUUCCGAUGCACCUUCGUGGGCUGCCAGUAUCCUCCAUUUAGGACUUCGAAAGCUCUAAAGACACAUUUCAGUUCAAAUCAUAGCACUGAUGUACCAGCGCCUCGGAAAACGAUACGCAAAACAGGAAACACGUCACUGAGCGGUAGACUACGAGAUAGCGCACUCAACCUAGAGAAGGAGAGGAAGUCUAAAGUGUCAAGGAGUGGUAAAAUCACCACAUCCUCCAAGAAACAUGACGCAGACAGUGGCCGCGAAACUUCCGGAGAUCCCAGACAACGAUCACCAUCACCAUCCGUUGUUACAAAGCGACCUAACAACAAGGAUACAAGUGUUGACUGUUUGGAAUGCCUGAAGAAAAGGGUACCUUGCAACAGACAAGAGCCUAUAUGCUCGACAUGCAAGCGGUGGUCACGAACGUGUACUUACCUCUAUUCAUGUGAGCAAUGCUUCUCUAACGCAGUCUUAUGCGACCAAAUGCAACCUGCGUGUCGAGAGUGCAAGUCGUCUUCGGUUCAAUGCUUCUAUGCAAACGCAAAAUCUGUUCUUGAUGGUAACGGCUCAGUCAUGGCCGACUGGUGGAAACGCGACUCUGCAGGACCAUCGCUCUGGUCCUCUGAUAUCGCCGGUUCUUCUGGGAUUGGCACAGGCUAUCUGGAUAUCAUUCUCAACAAGAUUACGCAUGGCGUGCCUCUUGAGCCCGAAUUGUACGAACGUGUGAAGGCAACUAUUACCAACGACGCUGAUGCUUGGUGGAAACUUACCGAGUUCGUCGACAAUUCCAUGAACAACAGCAACAGCACACAAUCUUUCUCCGAGAUCGUCUCCUACCUUUGGUCGGAUCAUCCUGAAGUCGCCCAAGAAUUAAACAUGAUCAUUGAUGCAGGCGACAAAGCAGAACACACUACUGGAAUCAAAAGAUCAUCCACAUUCGGAGAUGAUGAUGAAACGGAAUACGGAAGCGACGACGAAGGGGCUUUGAGUAAGCAUAUUGGGUAUUGCUUUUGCAACAAGGAGACCUCAGGUGACAUGAUUGCAUGUGAGAAUCAAGCAUGUUCUCUCGGAUGGUUUCAUCUGCAUUGCGUCGGCUUAGUCGUCACUCCGGAUCAAGGCGAAUCUUGGUUCUGUAGUGACAUCUGUAAGAGACAGGCUAACCUAGACGUCACCAAUCUCCUCAGCAACUACAGCAUCCCAAGCCUCCAACCGUCCAUCUCUCAAUCGCCCACCUCAUAGGAAAUCAAAUCCCCAACCAUCAAUAACCCAACAACCAUUCAUC